AUGACUUGCAUAGUCAACAAUGGAACUAUUUAUGAUAAUGUUUCCAGUGGAAGCUUUGUGAUCAUGACAAGAAGCAAAUGUCAACUUAACCGACUUGAAGAUAUUAUUGGUGUUGUUCAAGAGAUCAACAAUUUUCAGUAUAACAACUCUGAAAAAAAGUAUUUUGUUUCCCUCAAUGUUAAAGACUUGAUAAAUCCAAAAAAUUUGUCUCUUUGGUCUGGUGCCUCUCAAUUCCAGAUUACAUUUGGCCUUAUGGACGGAAUUCUUUGGUCUGGUGCCUCUCAAUUCACCCCAAUUGGAAGUUUCGUCCAUAAGGCCAAAUGUGUUUCUCUGAGUGAGCUCUGCAAGGUCAAACAGGACGUAUUAUGUGUUACUGUUGGAACAACUCAAAAUUUUUUUGUCUCAAAACAUGGUUGGUUUUAUUAUGGAUGUACCAAAUGUUCUUUAAAGGCAUCUGCUGUGAACAAUCCAUACAAAUGUUCUUGUGGACAAAAUGUUGAACAUGCCAUACCAAGGUAUCGAGUUGACAUCUAUGUAAUUGAUGGUGAAUCAAAAUUUCGCUUUGUGUUUUGGGAUACUGACUGUACCGACACUCUUGGAAAGUCUGUUGAUAGUAUUUAUAAAGCAAUGGUGGAGGAAGAUGAAGACGACCCUAUGAUAUAUCCCGAUGAACUUGACAAGCUUGGUAAAAAAAUGGCGUUCAGGGCUAAAGUUCAACCAACAUUUGGCCAAGCAUAUGUUUGGAAACUUUCAUAUGAUGAAGAAUUUGUCAAGGAAAUUGAGAAAGAUUAUAUUACUAAUGAGGGUGAUAGCAUACCUUUAACCCAAAACCCAGUCGUUGAUUGUGUCGAUGAUUCCAUUGAGUCUUUGUCUGCAUAUGGAGAAAAUGAUCCUGAUAAAGUUGUGACCAGUACGCCGUCUAAAGGAAGUCCGAUUACUCUUGAUGUUGAAGAUUCGGAAUGUCAACCUUAUGGAGCUACUCAACUUUCAGGAACAAGACCAUCAAAGAAAGUGAAGAUUGAAUCAAAUGCUUGA